UUUGUGGCCAAAUUGUUUCCCGGCAAACUGCCAUGGCGGAGUGGUCUCUACUCCCUAAAGAGCUCCUGGAGGACAUCGCCAAACGCCUCGGCAGCCCAUUCUACCUCCUCCGUCUCCGAUCCGUCUGCUCCUCCUGGCGCUCCUCAUUCCCUCCCAGACCUCGCCGCUUCCCCUUCCUCACCAACUACGGCAUCUCCGACUCCACCCUCGGCUUCCACCUCUCCAAACGCACCGUCUUCCUCCUCGCCUCUCCCAAAUCCCCCGAUCGCUGGCUCCUCAAGAUCGAGGAGGACGUCCCCGGCCGAUCGCACCUCCUCAACCCUCUCUCUCGCUCCUCCCCCUAUCCUCUGCCGGAGACUUUCCCCAAGGUACUGGAUUUGUCUAGGUUUAGGGUUUUCGAUUUGGGAGAGGAGUAUGUUCUGCAUCAUGUGAAUUUCAGGCCGUUGGUUAAUGCUUUGGGCGGUGCUGCCAAUUUGUAUAGGGAGAAAGUUGUGUUCAUGUGUUUGGGAGAUGAGAGCAGUGAUUACGUGUUGCUUACGAUUCAUGUGUCUGGGGAAUUGGCUUUGUUUAACUCUGUGGAGAAGAGGUGGACUAUAAUUCAUGAAAUGCCGUCACCUUAUGAUGAUGUUAUAUUGUUUAGGGGUCAGUUUUAUGCUGUUGAUGGCACAGGGAGGACUGUGAGGGUUGGAUUGGACUCGAGGAGCCCCAGUUUGGCUGCCAAUCCGGUGUAUGGCGGCGACAAGAAGUUUUUGGUGGAGUCGAGUGGGGAGCUGUUGGUGGUGGAUAUGUACUUGAGUGAUGAUCAGGUGGAUUGGGACGCGGAGGAUGAAGUGUCUCAGGUGCAGUUGAAUGGGUGCAUUUACGAGAGGACGGUGAGGUUUAAGGUUUAUAAGGUGGAUGAAGGAGGGCAGAAGUUGGCGAGGAUGAAGAGCUUGGGGGAUAGGGUGUUGUUUUUGGGGGAUGACUGCACCUUUUCUGCCUCGGCUUCGGAGUUGGCUGGUUGUAAAGGGAAUUGUAUAUUUUUUAUGGAUAAUUUCUUCUAUACGAGUGGGGAAGAAGAAGGGACGUACAAGGGUCGUGAUAUAGGUGUGUUUGACUUGGAUAGGGGUGCUAUUACCCCCUUAUCUGAUUAUCCAGAGGCUGCAAAGCUAUUUUGGCCACCCCCUGAGUGGGUUUCACAGACAACAUCUCAGGUGCAAACCGAGUUUGAAGGGCUAGCUUUGUGAAGUCGUGAUGGAAUUGUGGUUGCGCAUGGUAAAUCAAGAGCAAGAUGAAAAUGCAUGUGGCUUUAAAGAACAUGCCUUGCCCACUGUCCAGAACUAAUUCAUCUUUUUCAGCUAGUUCAGGUGACUUAACCAGCCAUUUGCAAUCAUUCCUGUAGAUCAAAGUUUCCUUAGACUUGAGGAGCUUUAUGAGCACCCUAGUUUCUUUUCGGUUUAAAUUCAUUCCUGUUGAAAAUAAGAUAAAAAUUUGGCUGCAAUAAUGUGUUAUGUAUCUAUUUCAUUUUGCUUGUAAUUAAGUGAAUAAAUUGCCUAAACCAUCCUCUCCAUGCUAUUUUUCCUAAUGUUUCUC